AUGAGCUACAACGCCAUCAAAGGACUGAUGGUCGUCAAAGACACCACUUUUGUGGGUUUCAAAGAGGUGUGUUCUGGUCAGGAGAACUUCAUGUUCAUCACAAACACCAUGAACGAGGAUCUGCAGCACCCGGUCCACGUGUCCGGCCUCAAGAUGGUGGACAGCUCUGACAACAACAAGGCCUUCUUCCACAGAGCCGACGUCGGUAAAGUGAACCCGUCUGACUGCGUGGACAUGGAGUGUGAUGCUAAGAAGAAGUCCCUGCUGAAGGACCUGGACGGCUCGCUCCUGGGGGCCGUGGGGGCUGUGGUGCCGCAGUCUGAAUACGAAUGGGACGGAGACGCUCGGAGAGGCCUGGGCGACUACAGGAUCCCCAAAGUCAUGCUCACGUUCCCCAACGGCAGCCGCAUCCCCGUGGACCAGGUCGCUCCCCACAAAGGUUAG